CCACACACCGCCAGUACAUGUAACACAGUUCAGCCAAUUGUGGCGUUUCGUAUAGGGACCCCUAGUGUCAGUACAUCGACACAACGUUGAGUGAGUGACAGAUAGGGAACGUCAUAGUUACACAAGUAACCAUGACGGUUUACAUAGUCCAAAACACGGUGAACUAGACGCACAUGCAUACAGUAUCAUCCUGCACUGACGCGCACAUCUCUGGAAACGCAUCAAGAUGGUUAAAGACAUCCAUCUAGUAUAUAUUUAUAUACAUCAACAAUUAAAAACAGUGUAGAUGGGCACAAGAUGGCAUCCAGGACAUGUUUGUGCUCAAAACAGCAAGAGGCAGAGCAGCUGAUGAGCUCUUUUUCAGAGUUGUAAUAUAACAUUGCGUCUUUUAAAAUUGUAGCAAGAUACAUUUCAACGGUCAAAGAAGUUUAUCUAGUGUGUGUUUAUAUACAAAAAUUAUUCAAAAUAGAACAGAUGGGUUCCCUUUGGUGUUCAUGAAUGGUUACGCCACACUAAGCCUGUUUUGUUCUGCUCUCUAUCUCGUUCUGCUCUAUCUUGCGAUGAUGUAAAGUAGGCGUUGAUGUUUUUUCGUGUAGAGUCGAUCAUGAAUUAAUGGGGCCUCUAGUGACGUAGGGAAGUCGCGGAAGUAGUUAACGAGGUGUUUUUGCAGCUUGGUUUCAGUAAAGUUUUUAUUGAAUUGGGGAUUAAGUUUUGAGUUCUGAUACAGUAUGUUUUAUAGUAGAAUGACCUCUUAUAUGUUAAAAUAUCAAGGAAAAUUUGAUUUCCCAUUACAUGACCCCUUAUUAUUAUAAAGGAAAUAUUAAGAGUGGAGACAGGAAACAGGAAGUGAAAAAAUGGGACCAAAGGCUGAAUCAAACCCGAGUCAUCCACAAGAGAAAAGAGAAAAGGUCUGCUACCUUUGACGUCACAGCUCAGAAUAGUCUCCAGUGAAGGGUUUGGGACAGUGUGUGUGUUCUUGUGGUGCCUACAGCUAAUCAGCAUUGUCAGGACUUCCUGCAGCUCCAGAGUGAUUAGUCAAAUGGCAUUUACGGCUCAGUUCAUUGGCUCAAACAACUACCCAGAACUGAGAGCAGACAAGCAAAUAUGGCAUCAUGAAGAUUGUGAACUUCUGGACAGACUAAUUGGUUGCAUUUUGCAACCGUUUUUCCCGCCAGUGUGACUACAUUUUGUUACAGGUUGCACUGACAUGACUACAGAGUUUUGGCCAACUCUCCCCUCUAUCUCUUUCUCUCUCUCUCCGUUCAUGUGUUGCCAUUUUCUGUUAAGCAAUAUCAAACGGAAAAAGCAUGAAAAGCGAAAAGAAACCGCUAUCUGCUACCUGGAUCAAUGGACAGAGCAGCGCGAGUGCAAAGCAGGGGCGUUUAUUCGCGGAUCUGGUCUCGAGCUCUCAACUGCAAAGCGUAAAUCAUUAUAGUGCUGCGAGAGCCAGUGCGAGAAGCAUGGUGUGAGUGGUGGAAACCAUUUGAAUUCGGCACAGAAUUCUCGUGGAAACUUGGUGAGUAAACUAGUUUAAAACCACAUAAGACAGCCCGACAUUAUAGAUAGCAUUGAUGCUGAGAAAACACUGUGACGUACAGACAAAAAAACUUUUAAGAUAUCGCCAUCUAAAAAAAAAAAAUGCAUUUCAGCUGUGCGCUUUGUACACUGCAAAAGAGACCCCACCACACACACACACAAAUACACGCACAUACUCACAGUAAGGUCACUGCAUAACACACGUGUCAAACUCGCUUCAAUUCAAGUGGCCCACAAGCUCAUUUCUGAAAUGUACUAUAACAGGGGAUCGCAAUGUUUCACUGAACAAUCAUUUAGCGCUUUCCUCGUGAAUAUAAAUGAGUCUUCCCCUGUCAUCUGUAUGUUCUGGAGCGCAUUUUGCUCUCUACAAUAGCGGAAUGAAACAGCACUACACAGAUCAAUUAUUAACACGGCUCAAUCAUGGUUAAAGCAUGAGCGCAGAGCAGGUGCGGUGAUUUGCUGACAGGUCUCAACCACACAGACUAUUUUAAAUGUGCUUGUAAACCAGUGAGAUGUGCGGCGGGGAUCGCGAAACCCGUUUGAAUGCGGUACAGAAUUGUAUGUUGCAAAACUCUUAUGUCUCAUUGAUGAAACUAGUUUAAAACAAACAGCCCCCACAUUUUAAAUGGCACUGACAAAGAAAACAGGAGAAAACAUAAAUUAGAAGGCUUUUCAAUUCUCAAGUCACAACACUUACUAAAAUGUACCAUGGAUUUACUGUAGUGUACUGUUUACUAACUGUACUGUAUUGACUAUGGUAGUUGUGGCAAGAAAAUGUUUCUAAAUGUAUUUAGACUGCUGUUUUUUCAUUACAAAAAUGCCAUAGUUCUUUAUAUAGAAACCAUAGUUACUAAUCAUGGUAGUGAGGAGCCAUGCAUGGUUUUACCUAUGGUUACCAUGGACUAUCAUAUAACAUAUACUUGUGUGGCAGCGGGGGCAUUGUCAAGCAUCUCUCCGGAGAGAGAGAAAGUGGUAAGGGCGCUUACACCUGAGCUAAAUUAUGUCUAACACCUGUCUCUAAUUUCAGUAAGCACAGGGAGAGCGGAUAAAUAGAGCCACACCGCAAGUAGAAAGGAGAGAGAGCCUGGGCACCACAGACCCGAAUAAGAAGCAAGAGUUUUAUUACAAAUGAUGAGAGUUUUAUUUUUGGUGAAGCGGUGUGUGAUUAAAGUUCAACUUAGUGAAUAUUGCAAAGAGAAAAAUAAAUCCUUACCUGAACCAGGAAAGCUGCUUCUCGCCUCCUCUUUACACUGGUGCCGAAACCCGGGAUCUUGAAGUUUGGGUUAAAAAUGGAUGGAAGUCGUCCUGUAGAGUCCUCCCAGUUGGCGGAGAUCCUCCAAGCCCUCGCUGGCCUACAUCAGAGCCACCAGUAGACAUUGCUUGAGCUGCGACAAGACCAAGAUCGCCGGUUUGUCGAGCUCCUGCACGCUCAAGCCGAGGACCGGCAGGCGAUCCGGAGCCUCCUCAACCAGGAGGCGUCCUCAGCCGUGACCCCGGACGCUCCCACGCCGUUACCCCCGCCCGCAUUACAGAAAAUGGGGGCGCGGACGACCCCGAGGCCUUGCUGGAUUUGUUUGAGCAGACCGCCGAGAUCUGGGGCUGGCCGCUCGGCCAAUGGGCGGCCCGACUGAUUCCACUAUUUUCCGGGGAAGCCCAGCUCAACAACUGCCAGCGACGAGUCUCUUGGCCUACGGAGAUUUAAAGAGAGCCAACGGGUUGGUCGCACUCCGGAGGAAAGUCGUCAACUCUUCCGGAGCUUGAAGUUGGAGAGCUCCGACCGCCCUUUUGCCUUCGCCCAGCGGCUCCGUGACGCCUGCCGAAGAUGGCUGCUAGCGGGGGAACGCGAUGUCGAUGGAGUUAUCGACCAGGUGGUACUGGAGCAAUUCACACAUCAACUGCCAAAAGGGAUGGCGGAGUGGGUACAGUGCUGUCCGGAGGAAGCUGUCCGGCUUGCGGAGGACCACAUGGCGGUGAUCCCGAGGGCAGAAGAGCCCUCCUACAUUUUUUCUCCUCCCUCUGUCUCUUCCCCCUCCCCUCUCUCCUCUCGUUCUGCUCUCUCUCCUGGUCCUGUUCCUGCCCCACGCAGACGAGGAGGACUUCAGCCCCUGAGACCAGUUCCCCGGGUGUGGGAGGCGACACCUACCCCUAUCCCAAUGCCCCGCCGCUCUCCCCCUCGGGGGCAAGUGCGGGCGAAGCGCCUGGGCCGGCCUGCUGGAGGUGCGGAGACCCGAGCCACUUCCGAGAUCAGUGCCCUCUGAUGGAGCUGGGGACGGUGUUGCGGGUCUCUGACCUCCCACAGGCUGCCCCUGACCGGGCCAGAGCGUACCGGAUACCGGUAAGUGUCAAGGGGGGUACUCACCAAGCGUUGGUGGACACAGGGUGUAAUCAAACCACUAUCCACCAACCUGAGGCAUUGGUCACAACUAAAAUGGUGAAGGUGAAAUGUGUACACGGGGAUAUUCACAAGAAUCCGGUGGUGACCCUGACGAUUAAAUUUCAGGGGAAAAAGCAUAGAGUGGUGGCCGCGGUUAGUUCCCGCCUCACCCAUCCGCUGAUUUUGGGGACUGAUUGGCCUGAUUUCAAAGUUUUAUUAAAGGGAAUUUGCGCGGAUGGGUCCUGUAUGAAAUUAGGGAGAUGUGUGAUGUGCGAUGCUCUGGCAGGGGAGGCGGAGCCGGGGCCGUCCUCGACAGAUCCACGUCAUAAUGACGAGAGAGGGGGAGAGGCUGCAGCCCCUCCCCUUCUCAGGGAAUUUCCUGAGGGGGAUUUCCCUUUGGAGCAGUCACAAGACAAAACCCUCAAACACGCCUUCGACCAAGUGAGAGUCAUCGAUGGUCAACAACUCCAGCCGGACAUCGCCCUUUCAUACCCCUAUUUUGCGAUUAUAAAUGAGCGGUUGUAUAGAGUGACACAGGACACUCAAACUAAAGAGGAUACAACCCAACUUUUGAUUCCAAGGAGCCGUCGGGAAAUGGUAUUCCAGGCGGCUCAUUAUAAUCCCAUGGCGGGUCACCUAGGAGAAAGGAAAACACUGAACCAUCUAAUAGCCCGUUUCUAUUGGCCGGGUAUUGGCGGCGAUGUCCGCAGGUGGUGUGCGGCAUGCCGCGAAUGCCAGCUGGUUAACCCACUGGCCACCCCAAAAGCGCCAUUGCGCCCUCUCCCUUUGAUCAAGGUCCCCUUUGGGAGAAUUGGAAUGGACCUCGUCGGGCCAUUAGAAAGGUCAGCACGCGGACAUCGCUUUGUAUUGGUCCUAGUGGACUAUGCAACGCGAUAUCCGGAAGCCAUGCCUCUUCGCAACAUCUCAGCACACAGUGUUGCGGAGGCACUCUUCAAAAUAAUCUCCCGGGUGGGGAUUCCGAAAGAAAUCCUCACCGAUCAGGGCACAACAUUUAUGUCACAGACACUACGCGAACUGUACGAGUUGUUAAAUAUUAAAUCGAUUCGCACCAGUGUAUACCAUCCUCAAACGGAUGGUCUGGUGGAACGAUUUAAUAAAACACUCAAAAACAUGAUUUGUAAGUUCGUACAUGACGAUGCUAGAAAUUGGGAUAAAUGGCUCAACCCCCUGUUAUUUGCAGUACGAGAGGUCCCGCAAGCCUCCACUGGCUUCUCCCCAUUCGAUCUGCUGUAUGGGCGACACCCACGCGGCGUGCUUGAUGUAUUGCGAGAGGCCUGGGAGGAGGAACCUUCAAACAGCAAAAAUGAAAUUCAGUACGUUCAGCACUUGCGGAGACCACCUCUCACCAAGUCAACUCGCGGAGGUUGCUAGGCUGCAACAGGAGUUUGCGGACGUGUACAAACCUCAUCCAUCACCACAUCGAGACCGAGCCGGGGGUCGUGGUACGUAGCCGCCCCUAUCGAUUACCCCAACACAAGAAAAAAAUAGUUCGGGAAGAAUUAGAUGCAAUGCUCGAUAUGGGGGUAAUAGAAGAAUCCCACAGUGAUUGGUCCAGCCCAGUUGUUCUAGUGCCUAAGAGCGACGGGUCUGUACGACUCUGUGUGGAUUAUAGAAAAGUCAACACGGUGUCUAAAUUUGAUGCAUAUCCAAUGCCUCGCGUUGAUGAGUUGCUCGAUCGGUUGGGCACUGCUCGAUUUUACUCGACAUUGGAUUUGACGAAGGGUUAUUGGCAGAUCUCCUUGACACCAAUUUCCCGUGAGAAAACCGCCUUCUCCACACCGUUUGGAUUACACCAAUUUGUGACACUUCCAUUCGGUUUGUUUGGGGCCCUGACUACGUUUCAGCGUCUCAUUGACCGAAUCCUCAGACCGCAUUCAGCCUACGCCGCUGCCUAUUUAGAUGACAUCAUCAUUUAUAGCAAUGAUUGGCAGCGGCACAUGCAACAUCUGAGGGCGGUUCUGAGAUCGCUGCGCCGAGCGGGACUGACAGCGAACCCAAAAUAGUGCGUGAUUGGACGGGUGGAGGUACGGUAUCUGGGGUUCCACUUGGGCCAUGGGCAGGUGCGUCCCCAAAUUGACAAGACAGCGGCGAUUGCGACCUGCCCGAGACCCAAGACCAAAAAGGGGGUGAGACAGUUCCUGGGGCUGGCUAUUAUAGAAGGUUCGUGCCUAAUUAUUCGGUCAUCACCAGCCCGCUGACUGAUCUCACUAAAAAGGGAGCUCCAGAUCCGGUCCAGUGGACGGAGCAGUGUCAGUGGGCAUUCACGCAAGUUAAAGCUGCACUUUGCGGGGGGCCGCUUUUACAUUCACUUGACUUCUCUCUCCCUUUUGUUUUACAGACAGAUGCUUCAGACAGGGGGCUGGGGGCCGUACUCUCGUAGGUGGUGGAGGGGGAGGAGCGCCCGGUGCUGUACAUUAGCCGUGAGCUCUCGUUGAGGGAAACUAAGUACAGCACCGUAGAAAAGGAGUGUCUUGCCAUCAAGUGGGCGGUCCUCACUCUCCGGUACUACCUGUUGGGGCUGGCCUUCACCCUCUGUUCCGAUCACGCCCCACUCCAGUGGCUCUACCGCAUGAAAGAUACCAAUGCCUGGAUCACCCGUUGGUACCUGGCUCUUCAGCCGUUUAAGUUCAAGGUGGUCCACAGACCGGGGGCGCAGAUGGCUGUCGCUGACUUCCUUUCCAGGAAUGGGGGGGGAGUGGUAGGCAGGCCGGAUGCCGCCCCGGCCUGAGUCGGGCGGUGGGGAUCUGUGGCAGCGGGGGCCUGGUCAAGCAUCUCUCCAGAGAGAAAGAAAGCAGUAAGGGUGCUUACACCUGAGCUAAAUUAUGUCUAACACCUGUCUCUAAUUUCAGAAAGCACGGGGAGAGCGGAUAAAUAGAGCCACACCACAAGUAGAAAGGAGAGAGUGCCUGGGCACCACAGACCCGAACAAGAAGCAAGAGUUUUGUUAUUACAAAUGAUGAGAGUUUUAUUUUUGGUGAAGCGGUGUGUGAUUAAAGUUCAACUUAGUGAAUAUUGCAAAGAGAAAAAUAAAUCCUUACCUGAACCAGGAAAGCUGCUUCUCGCCUCCUCUUUACAACUUGUUAAAACUAUGAAUAUUAUGGAAGGAAUAUGGUCAAUUUUCAAAAUUAUUAUGGACCAAGCUAUCAGUUUUCCAACUGUAUAAAAUGUGUUUACUUGUAAUGCUCUCUGAUUGUAGGAAAAUGUAAGUUGUUUUGUUUGCCUUCAGAAAUUCCAAGACAUGACUGUAGUUUAAUCAGUAGGAGCCUGAUAAAAGGAAUCUGUAAAGAAAACCACUGUCAGAAUAUAUCA